AUGGCAAGAUUAGCUACAGGGUACAUCAUUCUUUGUGGAAUAGGUAUAGCUGCGUUAAUCGGCGUUGUGCUUUUGUUCACUACCAAUCGGAUUGCCGUGAAAAAAAAGCAUUUUGAUCUCACCUCCUCUUAUCAACUGAACGAGAAUUACACUGUAAUUAGAUUACUUCUGCCUCACGCCGUUUUCCACAGCAUAUGCUAUAUACUUUACACAUUUCUUUCUGCAUGUCUUUCUAGAAAUGCGGAUAGUUUUGAAUACGUCACGUUUCGAAUCUUGUCUUCCGCUAUCUACAUCAUCCCAAUAUAUACGGCGAUCUCUCAAAUCAUGAUUUGGUUUAUCACAAAUUAUUCAAAACAUUUGAAAAAGACUAAACUGAAUCAAGCUACUCUACCAAUUAUCAAAAAGGAUGACGUUUAUUUUACUGCGUAUUCCAAGAUGUGGAGGUGA